AUGAUUGCUGUUCAGUAUGCGCCACAAAUAAUUAAACCCGCCGGCAAAAAAUGGAUUCCGCAAAAUAUGAAUGAUGUUGUCGGCAAUGUCACAGCGCCGAUUACUGAUGUCGAAGAAGCGCUGGCACUUCAGAAAGGCAUCAAAGAAGCGUCGUUCAAGAAUCUUGAUCGAAGUGGUAGAGCAGUGUGCCAAUUGAACGCUGUUGGUGCUUGUCCAUACGGGCCGACAUGCUCACUACGGCAUCUCAUUGGAGAAAAAGCUGUUGUUUGUAAACAUUGGCUCAGAGGAUUAUGCAAAAAGGGUGAUCAAUGCGAGUUUCUUCACGAGUAUGAUUUAACCAAAAUGCCAGAAUGCUUCUUCUUCUCCAAAUAUAGCGCCUGUAGCAACCGUGAAUGUCCAUUCAGACAUAUUGACCCUGAAACUAAGAUGAAGGAUUGCCCAUGGUACGAUCGCGGCUUCUGCCGACAUGGUCCAUACUGCAAACAUCGCCAUCGAAGGCGUGUCAUCUGUCCGAACUAUCUUUGCGGUUUUUGCGCCUCAGGACCAAAUUGUACCUAUGCGCAUCCUUCAUUCGCAGUGCCCGCCGGCGAAAACUCGAUUCUCAAUAAUAAAAACGCGUUCGGACAAAUCACUUGUCAUAAUUGCCACGAACGGGGUCAUAAGGCAACGCAAUGCCCGCAUCUACCAGGGCAGAGCAAUAAUCCUGCUGAACAGCAAAAUCGAAUUGAUAUCUCAAUGAUACCCGAUAAGAAGAAUCUAGCGGAUGUCACGUGCUAUAAGUGCGGCGAGAAGGGUCAUUACGCGAAUCGGUGUCAUAAAGGAGCGCUGGCAUUUCUGUCGAAUACUGCGCAUCUGGCACACGAGCAAAGGGAAAGGGAUGAGCGGGAACAAGGAAGGCAAAUGACUCGUAGGCGCAAAUCGGCUGCGAAGCCGAAAACAGCGGCGAAGAACAAAAAGGAUGACGAGGAAGAGGUGGAGGAAGUUGAGGAGGUUGAGGAAGUCGAACAUUCCCCUCCAACGACGAGAAGAGCCACUAGGAACCGGACAUCGACCCCUCCAGCUCCUGUAAAAGCUACAAGAGCAUCAACCUCGAAAGCUGGGCCGUCUAAGAAGACACCAGCGAAGGGACGAUCGAGAAAAGCGCAAAGCCCUGAGCCGAGUCCGGAACCCGAGCCCGACGAAGAGCCAGAACCCGAACCGGAGCCGCCGAAGCCGAAGAAAUUGACCAAAGCUCAAAUGAAGAAACAAGCUGCGGAAAGGAGAAAAGCGACGAAGGCGAAAAAGAAGAAGAAGAGGAAUGAUGACGAUGAUGAUGAAGAUGACGAUGAUGAGGACGACGAUGAUGAUGAUGAUGAGGAUUAUGUCGAUGAAAGCGCGAAAAAAGCGCCGGAGCCGGAGCCAGAGCCAGAGCCGACGAAGCGAGGGAGAAGAAAGAAGCAGCAGGAAGAAGAUCCUUUCCCGUUCAUGCAAGUUGAAAAUAAAUGGAACUUUGGGCCGUUGACAACCUUGAAUAGGCGGAGACGUGAGGAAUUGUACCUCGCACAGCAGGAAUUGAUUGGUCCCAAUGAUAAACCGGUCAAGGCGAAUUUUCCGGAUGGAACAAUUGUGUAUGAAAUGGAAACGAUUCAUCCAUUUGUCGUUUGUCGACUUUGCGAUGGCUACAUCAUUGAUGCCACCACUAUAAUUGAUUGUAUGCACACAUUUUGCAAAAGCUGCAUUCUAUUGCAUUUCGAGGAUGAUGAGACGACCUGUCCGACGUGCGGAAUUUUGGUGCACGGCAGCCAUCCGGCUCAAUACGUCACCUAUGAUCGGGCAAUAAAUGAUCUCGUGAUGAAACUUGUUCCGAACCUUGAGGAAGAUGAAAAAGUGCGACGGAAGCAGUUUGUCAAGAAGUUUUAUGAUAAUUUGGGAGUUGAUAAGUCGAUUGAAGAGCGCGCGAAGAAGCGACAACAAGAAGAGGAGAGAAUUCGCGGAACUAAUCGAUGCUAUCGAGGGCCUUAUUUGCUGUCUCAUCAUCGAGACGAGCCGCAAGUCAUGGUCAAGCUUGUUCCAGGCAUUUCAACGCUUCCAAUGGUGGCUCGACCGUACUUGAGGACGAGCGAAAUGGCGACGAUGAAUUGCCUUAAAAAGUAUGUUGCCCUUUCGCUUUUUGAUGAGCAAUCCAAGUAUAUGGAAAUUGACAUUUAUUGCGACAAUCAGCUCAUGGGAAAAGAUUUUUCGAUUCGCUUUGUUUGGAUGAUGAAGAAGAGGAAUCAGUCGAAGGAGAUCCCGCUGGAAUUGAAUUAUCGGCUCAGUGAGCACGAAUAA